UGAAGAAUACAAAAGCCGUGGUGCAAAUAAGUAUUGAAUAAACACUAAUCCAGCGGCAACGAGUAUUUACCAUACGGGAGAAAAAAGUGCAACCUUGAUUAAUAAAGCCAAGUCUAGGAAAAAAAGUGUGUAAAAGUCUGGUUUCAUUUAACUGUAAGAGCUGUAUGAGGCAAGGGAGAGGAAAUGUGUUACUGGGGAUGCAUAGAAAACAAUAUGAUGUACAAGUGCAAGUACUGUGGCACCAGGUACUGCAAGGCUUGUAAGAAGGGAGCAUUUUAUGGCGAAAUGAUCACAGAGAACACCUGCAGAAUUUGUAAUCAGCCUCGGUGUCAAGGAGAGCGCAUAGUUAUCCAGUCACUAAAGAAACCACAAGACGACAAGAACGAGAAAAAUUCAAAAAAGAAAUCAACCACAACUGGAGGGAAGAGACUGCAAAAAACAACAAAAAAGAGGAAAUAACAAAAAAAUUAAAUAGUAUGAAAACAAAGAAAUUAUAAUCCUAAUUUAUUGAGUUCUUUAUUUAUCAAAAACCAGAAAAAUGAAUUUUAGUUUAUUUGUAGUUUGAAAAAGAAAAAGCUAAAGAAGCUUCGACAAAUUUGUGUAUAUAGAACCAGCCUUAACAACACCAUUGUAUAAAUACAAAAUAGUUUACGUACAAUAUAAAUUAAUUUAUAUGCAACUACCGAGCGUGAGGCCCCGUUUACCCGGACCUGCAUGGUUUCAAAAUAAUACAUUUGCAUAUUCAGAUGGGUAAACGAGGAGAAAAUAACACCGGUUUCAAAUGAAACCGGGUCGUGUGUCCAGUUUGAACGUCGCAUUUGUCAUUUACACAAUGCAACUAUUAGAUUUGACGUCUGAACUGGACCGAAUAGUCAAUACCUAACAUCCAAACAAAUAUAAAAACAAAAGUAAUCAUCAGAAUUAGUAUUUACAAAUGCCUGUGUGAUAAACUAAUGUUUUUUAACAUGUGUCAUCACUGAGUGUCAACUUAAGUACUGCCCUCAUAGAGAGCAAAAUGAUAAAGUUACGAAAAGUAAUUGGAUGCUGAAUGUAACCUAUGGACAGGGCAGAAAAACGGGUUCUACUUUCGACGUUUAUGCGUUAAUAAGCUUUAUGUUUCAUAAACAGGCUCUUUUGGGGCUGAUUAACAAAAUACCAAAAUUUGGGGAAAUUCAAGGGAUGCGUAUUUGAGAUAUAACGCACUGAACGUUGGGAGAGAUGAUAAAAGUAGCAGCCUUGUCGUUUUUCUGCUCUGUCUAACCUAUGUCGAUUCAUGGGGAAUGGUGGCAUUAGAAAUUUUAAGAAAAUAAUAAAGAAAGUGUAGAAUGA